CUGUGACACUGAACCAAAGGGAUCCCAUAAGAAGUGCUCAUAAUGUGAAGUUUGUCGCAAUCUUUAUAUUUCAAAGUUCCAUGCAAACGUCGUUACAAACAAAGUAGCUGUCAAGAUUUGGGUCAUAGCAGGACUUGGUUCUGCACUUUUACAAGGAUUACUCCGUCUAAAAAGGCAUAUAGCGAUGGCAGAAGGAAACACGGAAGAUAUAGAUGACAAAUAUAAAUCACGCCAAGAAAAUGGACGGUAUGUUAUCCCAUGGGAAGGAUCCAAGCGACCAUCCUUUGCGUCUGUUGUACGGUGGAAAAUGUUGGAUACAAAUAAAAGUGGUGUUGGCGGAGGUUGGUGGGACUUAUGGAGCUUUAAAAAAAAGGAGCUGGAUGAAAAUCUUCCUGUAUUAUCUCCAGACUUGGAUGCCUUAAAAAAAUCAAAGGCAAAUUGGGGGUUGCAAGUGACAUGGAUUGGCCAUGCUACAGUGCUUGUUCAAAUGGAUGGAUUAAAUAUCCUCACCGAUCCAGUCUUUAGUGACUACUGUGGGAUUUCUAGGAUGGCAGGUUAUAAUCGCUUCCGUCCAGUACCUUGUACAAUCGCAGACUUGCCUGAUAUUGAUGCUGUGAUCAUUAGCCAUAACCAUUAUGAUCAUCUAGAUAUUACAAGUGUUAAAGAACUGAAUGAAAGAUUUGGAGAAAAAACCCACUGGUUUGUACCGAUGGGAACUGGAGAAUGGAUGAAAGAAACUGGUUGCAAGAAUGUUGUUGAAUUGGAUUGGUGGCAACAUUGUGGACUCUCUUCUAAUCACAAGGGUAAAGAUGUCAAGUUUGUUUUCACACCCUCACAACACUGGUGCCGCAGAGGAGUUUUUGAUGAAAAUCUUGCUCUUUGGGGAAGUUGGUCUAUAAUUGGACCUGAACACAGAUUCUUCUUUGGAGGAGAUACUGGAUACUGUGAUGUGUUCAAGGUGAUUGGUGAAAAGUAUGGCCCUUUUGAUUUGGCUGCCAUUCCUAUUGGAGCCUACAGUCCAAGGUGGUUCAUGAAAUUUCAGCAUGUAGAUCCUCAAGAGGCUGUUGUCUUGCACAAAGAUCUGAAAGCAAAAAACUCUCUUGCCAUUCACUGGGGGACAUUUGCACUUGCUCACGAGCACUACAUGGAACCAGCCAAGGAGCUGAGGGAAACUCUUAAGAAGGAAAAGAUUCCUGAUUCGGAGUUUUUUAUUCUCAAGCAUGGAGAAACAAAGAGACUUGCUUCACAAGAUUAAAUCAAUGUAGAUAGAUAGAUACUAGUUAGAAACAUUGGUUUAAAAAAAUGUAUAUAAACGUUUAGAAUGUUUUAAAAAACUAUCUUUCAAUCACUGUUCUCUGAAAAUAGAUAGUAAUGGUCCUAUCUCAGGUCUGAUUCACUUUUCAUUCCCUUGAAGAUAUUAAUUUAGUACAAAUCUAACUCAACCAUAUAAAUUUUUUCGUUAAUCUUUUCAUUUUAUUUCUUAAGGUCUUUUUUGUUUUAUUCUUUUCAUAACGGAAAUAGUCAGAUAGAAUGUGAAUAGUUUAUCUGACUUGACCACAAAAUCUUAUAAUUUUCUCAAGGGAAAUCGAUAUGGCAAGUGGUCUGAAAUGGGAAAACAGUGACUGAGUAUUAUUUUUUUAUUUCAUUGUAUCAUCACUCUAUUAUCCCAUAUAAGCAACUAUUGUAUUAUUUUCAAAUUUUCUUUCCUGUCCAAAUUAAAGAUUAAUUUGGAUCCUUUCCAUUCACAUUCUUUUGAGGGGAAACUAUGACUUAUGGAAUCAGCCUAGUAUAGUUUGGGAUGAUAUAAUUAAUCUGCAAUAGGACUACAUUUCUGUCCAAUUUGGAAAUAAUCGAAUUAAAAAAAUUCCUCUGUCUGCCAAAUUAGACUCGGCCUAUCAGGCUCUUCCAAUUUUGUCAGUCCUCAGAAUUUUUUCAUCCAAUUAUUUCCAAAUUGGACAGCAUGUAGUCCUAUUACCUAUACUUAUUGUCUUUGAUGAUUUUUUUUUAUAGAGAAAAUAGUUAGAUCAGAAUGUAAAUAGUUUAUUGAACAGAAUGUACCUUACACAUUGGUUCUAAUAUUAAACAUACAGUAUAGUAAUAAUAAAGUUCAUAUCAUGCAGAAAGAAUGGAUGUCAGGUGGGAUCAAAUAAAAAGGGAUCAAAACUCAAA